AGCCACAGGGAAUUUUUGGGGAUACCAUCAAUUGUAGAUCCAGUCAGCUUUAAAUUUAGGCAGAACAUAAAGGUUAAUCCAAAGUCAAACCACAGCUAUAGAGCACAUGGGAGACAAUCUGCAUACAUACACCCUUUAAAUAAGCCAAUAUUUCAAAAUAAUCGAGUGCAAGCUGACUUUAUCUGUAUCCUGUAGAAGGUUCCGGCUGAGGAGCGCGCGCCAGGAUCUGCUGUCACUGAGGACACAUGGAUAAGUCAUCCAACCUUUCCGAUCAAAGAUCGACUGUAGUGGAUAUUUAGUACCAGCUGCUAUUUUCUAGAUGUUUCAAAAACAACCACUGAAUGGCUGUUGAGUUUAUUCAUCGUCAGAGUUUGAAUUUUAAUCGUGUUUUUUGUUAAGUACAUACACUUCCGGUGUUGUUUACGUCACACUGUACAGCGGACCGACGCCGGAAACAUAGGAGAAAAUGUACUACAGCUCCCAGAAUGCUUAGCGAAUGAGAAGGCUGAUGAUCGUGUUCGUGCGCUACAACCUUGGCCCCGGUGUGGCCGUGGAGCUCCAGGAGGGGGCGAGUGUUGCCGAGCUGAAGAAGGUGGUGGGGAGUCAGCAGGGCGUCCCCCCGGAGCAGCUCAGGGUGCUUUUUGCUGGGAGGGAGCUGCAGAGCACCUCCUCCCUGCAGAGCUGUGACCUCCCAGAGCAGAGCACCGUUCACGUGGUCCCUCCCCCUUCAAGAUCGUCCUCCUCUCAACUGCUGCUCUUUCAGGAACCUCAAGGCAGCGAGGAGGAGCAAGAGAGCCUUACAAGGCUGGACCUGAGCUCCUCACGCCUCCCCGCCACCCCCGCAGACCUCACAGGUACCCUAAAGGAUGGAGAGAUGGGGGAUGGAGGACAAAGGUUACAGGAGGAAGGUGAACUUAUACCUGGGACAAGUGUGCGUAGCCGCAGUUCUUUCUUUGUCUAUUGUAAGACCUGCAGGUCCAUUCAGCCUGGAAAACUCCGGGUUCGAUGCCGGACCUGCAAACAGACAGCGCUCACACUGAGCAGGGGGCCAUCUUGCUGGGAUGAUGUUCUAAUUCCUGGACGUAUCCAUGGAAACUGCCAGUCGGAAGGAUGCUGUGGCAAUGAAGGGGAGUUCUACAUGAAGUGUGCUUCUCAUCCAACUUCGGAUGAUGACGUCUCUGUGGCUCUGGACCUCGUCAUGAUCAACAAUAAAAACGUCCCCUGCAUCGCCUGCACCGACAUCAUGGGCGUGGUCCUGGUCUUCCAGUGCUCAGAGCGCCAUGUGAUAUGUCUGGACUGUUUCCGUCUGUACUGUCAGAGCCGCCUGAACGAGCGACAGUUUGUUCACCACGCUGCGAUUGGAUACUCUCUGCCGUGUGCAGCGGGCUGUGAGGACUCGCUGAUCAAAGAGCUGCACCAUUUCAGAGUUCUGGGUGACGACCAGUAUGCACGGUACCAGCAAUAUGCCACUGAGGAGUGCCUACUGAAAAUGGGAGGACUCAUGUGUCCGGCACCUGGUUGUGGGGCGGGGCUCCUGCCCUCUGACCCCUGCAGGAGGGUGGAGUGUGAGAGACAGCUGGGCUGUGGCUUUGUCUUCUGUAGGGAGUGCAGGGAGGCCUACCAUCAGGGGGAGUGCAGGGCAUGCCAAGCCCCGCCUAUGGGUGAUGUGGAGCAGGGCUUUGUGGUGGACGAGGAGGCGUCUCGGCGGGGCAGGUGGGAGCAGGCAUCCCAACGUCUUAUUCAGGAGAUGACCAAGCCCUGCCCCAAUUGUUCAGUCCCUGUGGAGAGAAAUGGCGGCUGCAUGCACAUGCAUUGUGCUCUGUGCCAGGCAGACUGGUGCUGGCUCUGUGGCGUUCCCUGGAACAGGGAGUGCAUGGGAAACCACUGGUUUGGAUGAGAAGGGCAGAUGUUCCAGCAGCAUUGAUGGCUCUGUAGGGGGCGCCAGUGAGACAAUGGGGAUCUGCUCUUUUGAUGGAGUAAUCCAGUGGAAUUCUACAUGAAUUCAGCAUGCCAACUAAUAUUGACACACAUGUAAGCAUUAAUAUGUGUGUUAUUUUCUGUUGCAGGAAUGAACAUAGCAAUCAUAAACCGUUUACGUUCUUGGUUUCAUAGGGUGUAGUGGUUAGCACUGUUGCCUUAUCAAAUCAAAUCAAAUCAAACUUUAUUUAUAAAGCACUUUUCAUAUAAAAAUAUAACGCAAAGUGCUUAUAGUAAGAGAGUUCUGGUACGAAACCCAACCUGGUUCUGUGUGUAAUUUGCAAGCUUUCUUUGUGCAUGCACACGUUUUUUUCAUGUGCUCAACCUUCUCCUCACAGUCCAAAAACAUGCUUCACGGGUUGAUUGGUGAUUCUGAAUUGUCUCUAAGGUGUGAGUGUGUCUCAGUGUGUGUAGAGUCCGUCAAUGAACUGGUGACUUGUCCACCCUGAACCCCACCUUUACUCUGAGACUGGCUCGACUGACCUUCAUAACCUCUAAAGCCGGAACAGAAGACGGAUGGAUGAAUGUUUUUUUUGUGUGCAGCACCUGAGAUUUGCUUUACAAAUAAACUAAAUUGAAGAAGUCAAA